AUGGAUGAGGAUGACCUUGAAGUCAAUGAUAUAAUGAGGCCACCUCCCUCUAAAUCUCAAAGAAAGAAUUCAACAAGUGGAAGUGGAUCAUCCACCGCCGGUAGCAAUGUGAAAUGUCCUCUUAAUCUUUUUUUCUCACAAAAACCAAAUGAAAAGAGAAAGGGUGAAGCUGUUGACCUAGAAUCUUGUAGGAAGAGUUUGAAGGAGCGUGUUGUAGCUGCUUUUGCAAGUUUUGGUGAAUUCAUUGAGGCCGUUGGCCAAUAUGGCCCGGGAAUGAAACCCCCUACCUAUCACGAAGUAAGAGUUCCUUGUCUAAAAAAGGAGGUGGAGAAGACAGACAAGAUUGUCGAGGAGCAUAAGGCGCAAUGGAAAGUUUAUGGUUGUUCCAUUAUGAUGGACAAAUGGACUGCAAAAAAUGAAAAAAUGGUCAUUAAUGUUUUGGUGAAUUCUCCGAGAGGUAGUGUGUUUCUUGAAUCUUAUGAUGCUAGUGACUCCUCAACCAAUUCCAAUAAAAUGUUCAACUUGUUUGAGAAGACAAUAUUGAAAGUUGGACCGGAAAAUGUGGUUCAAGUUGUCACUGAUAACGCAAGUGAGAAUCAAAAAGCGGGUGACACGUUGAAAGGACAAAAUUUGCGAACCUUGUUCUUGUCAACCGAAUGGAGUGAGAGUAUCUAUGCAAAGGAAGCUCUUGGGAAAGAAGUUGCGAGAUUUAUUAUUGGUCCAUAUUUUUGGAAUGACACUGUUCAAGCACUUAAAGUUAGUAAUCCUUUGGUUAUUGUACUUCGUUUGGUGGAUGGGGAGAAAAAACCACCAAUGGGAUACAUUUAUGAAGCCAUGGAUAGGGCUAAAGAAGCUAUUGAGAAGGCAUUUGAUCAUGAUAGGAGGAAAUAUGAGAGAGUGUUUGAAAUCAUUGAUAAAAGGUGGGAUGAUUAG